GACACUUGCUCUGUUGUCGACCGAUGUACAAUCAGUCUGUUCUAGACAUUUAUAGCGUUUACUUUGCCUUUGCUCUCUCCGUGUUUUCACAGUCCUUACACAACAGUAUUAACAAUUUUUCUCAGUGUUAAUUUUCCAAGUGUUUAAACACUUUAUUUUCAUCCGUUUUAUCUUAAACAUUUUAAACAUGUUUAAAUGCGAUCAGUGCCCCUCGGUUUUCACCGCAAAACAUAAUUUAACUGUGCACCAAAAGAAGCAUACCGGUGUGCGUAUUCCAUGCACCGUAUGUCCAUCAACAUUUUCUUUCAAGACCAGCCUCAACAAACAUUUGAAGAACGCUCAUGGUAUCAUUAACGUUCCGGCUCACUUGAGACCAUUGCCUGCUGCUCCGAUCAUCGAUCAGCAAACACGACCAAGCGUGAUACAGUUCGCGCCUCCUACCACCCCGCAGAUUCAAAUAGCGCCUCAAAUUUUUGUACCGGAUGUCCCGGCUGGUGGAUCGCACGUGUUAUCCGAAGAUGUCCCGGCUGGCGGAUCGCGCGUGUUAUCCGAAGAUGACAUAUGUAUGUUCGCAAUGGAUGCAUAUGAAAUGCUAGACGCCGAUACAGAAUCUUACACUUCUGCUGUAAAUGGUAAACGCGUUUCUGUUGCCAACACCACCUCAGCUGCUAGGGCAAAAAGGCGCGUAUGGAUCUCGUUAAAUCCCCCGGGUUUAAUGAAAUUUCGUCGUCCGCAAAUAGGAAGAUCGUGUGGUACUACGCUAAAAAUAUCACCAAUACAAAAAUUUAUUCAGACUUUCUCCGUCCACUUAUACCUGAGCUAAUAAAUUUAUUGAAAACACACGUACAAAAACAUGCGAUUAAAU